AUACGUUACACACCGCCUAUCUCUGAGCGACCGACAACAAGUACACAACACAGUCGGUGUCUGUUCCCGCACCAUGGAUAACCUUCCACGCCGCGGGCCCACGGGGUACAGAAGACGUCACCUAGUAGCACUCCUCGCGUUCCUUGGGAUCCUUAUCGAGGACAGCCUCAGGUCCGUUUUUGUCUACACUAUCGAUCCCAUGAAAACUCCUUACAAAGUCACCCUGGGCAACGGAACAGUUGUGGAGAAACAAGACUUUACACUUGACUUUGAUGAAAUAUCAAAAGUAACUCGCGCCUCCUUCUUUGGAUAUGUCGCCACCCAGAUUCUAGGAGGGUGGCUAGGUGCCUGUUUGGGUGGCAGUCGAGUGUUCGGUGUGGGGGUGGCCUCCACAGCACUGUUUUGUCUUGUUACGCCUUUUGUGAUCCACACUGGUGUGGCCAACUUACUGAUAGCCAUCAGAUUCUUUCAGGGUCUCUUUGAGGGUGUCACUUACCCGAGUAUUAUCGCCGUCUGGUCUCGAUGGGCGCCUCCCCAGGAGCGGGCUCGCCUGGUUACCACCGCCUUAUCAGGCAGCUAUUUUGCUAUCGUAGUCACCCCCCCAGUUUUACGCCUCAUCGUCAAAACCCUAGGCUGGUCGUACGUCUUCUACAUUACAAGUAUAAUCGGGUUAAUAUGGUUUGCUGUUUGGUGGACUGUGGUGAAGGACAAACCGGAAGACGACCCUCACAUCUCCACAGAGGAACUAAAGUACCUGAGAGACAAUCUCGACUGUGGACCUAAUGACUAUAUUCCUAAACAUAUUAUAUAUCCUUGGGACAAGUUCGUCACGUCGAUGCCUGUAUGGGCCAUAGUUGUGGCUCUCACCUGCAUGUGCUGUUGCUUCAAUACACUGAUAAUUAUGCUGCCGAUAUUCAUGAGAGGAGUAUACGACUACGAUGUAAGUAACACCGGGCUCAUGUCGUUCCUGCCGUAUCUAGUGAUGGCUGUCCUGAUGCCGGUUGCUGGAACAUUGGCUGACUGGUUGAGGAACUCAGAAGUGCUCACUACCACACAAGUGCGGAAGGUUUUUAACUGCAGUUCCUUCAUAAGCCAGGCGAUAUUGGUUUUUCUUGUAAUACACAUAAACUCCGUUAACGGUGUGUUGUUCUGUCAUGUAAUGAUCAUAGGGCUGUCAGCGUUCGCCUGGGCUGCCUUCAGUGUAAAUCUCCUGGACAUAGCGCCUCAGCAUGCCAGUGUUCUAAUGGGAUUUGCCAACACAAUUGCAUGCGUUCCAGGCUUUCUGAGUAUACAAAUUAUUGACUACUUCACUGAUUAUGGGUGGCAGUACGUGUUCUACUACGUCAUCGCUCUCUAUCUCGUGGGGGCUCUCUUCUACUGGGCAUUCGCUUCAGGAGAGAGACAGCGUUGGGCUCCCCCUGCACCCACCCCAGAAUCAGAGAGCCUAUCACUCCAACAACGAAGCAAUGUCAUCUGAUCCUUUAUGAGGAAUUGUAAUUAAAAAUUUCGUUCUGUUCGUUAGAUUCUGAACUCUAAUUCCAAUUUUAUACAAAACAAUAUAUAGAGUGCACAACUAUAGUUUUAAAACCUAGCUGGAUAUUUUAGAGAACUGUUCUUAGACUACAAACAUAAAUAAAAUACUAUAUAAGAAUAGGACUAAAACGCUUAGUUAUUCUUACACACACACGCGUUACACUGAUUUUAUGUCAGGUAAUAAUAUUAUGGGACGCACAGUUGUGUUGUUAGACACUAAUAGAAAUAUAAAAUGUUUCCAAAAUAUUGAAAUUUAAUUUUAUUUUGCAAUAUGAGUUUCAACUUUAUUGACAAUAAUAAAAUUUUAAAUAAAAAGGAAAUCAACUUAAAACUGUAAUAAGUUCCGAAAAACUAAAAAUGUAAAAAUAAUUUUAAUUUGAGAAAACCAUACAGUUCGUAAUGUUAAUAUGAAUGAUGCAUACCUGCAAUUUAUUUUUCAUAUCAAAGUGACGUAAAAGGAUAUUCAAAUAGCACAGGAAAAGAUUUGUGAAGUAAUAUGCAACGCUAUACGUUUAUCACACAUAAAUCCGGAAUCGUUCCAGAUAAUCUAAAAUGUUUCGAUGUUAAGACCAAUUUGUAAGUUCAAAUCUAAACGUUUAACAUCAAACUAUUGGCCUGUAGCAAUUUUAUCGGUUAUGGAAAAAAUAUAAAAGAAAUACUUUUCACACUAAUGAAUACCGGAAGGAAAAUAAAAUAUUUUGCAAAAACCAGUGUAUUUUACAAAACAAUAAAGGGACAGAGAAUUUACUUUUACAAAUUUUAUUAAUUAUCUUUGAAUUUUCAGAACAUAAGUGCUUGCCAAUUUUUUCGAUUCCCCGAGCAUUUGAUACUCUACCAUAACUUAUUGCAUGAUAAAUUUAAAAAAAAAUGGAUCUUGAAGCCUAUAUUUUAAAGUGGUUCACUAGUUACAGACCAUACUCUGGUUACAUAGCUAAUGAAUAUAGUCCCUACAAAGUCUCCAAUUAGUAGUGUUUUGGACCCAAUUCUAUUAUAUUUGUCAACAGUACUUCAAAACUAAAUUUCCAUGGCCAUUUGUUUAUGUACGCAGAUGAAACAGCACUCGUGGUGGCUUACAAGACACUUUUAUCUAGCAGAAUCCCUUGUUUCUUCUCACUAUAAUGUAAUGCUUAGGUGAACACUGACAGAAAACUGAUAAAUAAACUAUAAAAUUACUCUCGUGAUAAACUUCCAUUCUUCUCGUAAUACUUCUGAUCGAUCUCCAUAGUUGAAAGUUAUGACUGAGUUUGAUUAUUUAACCACAAUAAAAGUAUAUGUUUGUUUGCAAGUCUAAAAGUGGCCACAAAAACAAAUAAUUUGCGUAUCCCUGUGGAUCUUAAAUUGAAAUGAGAAUUAAAUAUAAACAAUCUGGUAAAAAGAUUAAGAAAUACCCUUUCCUGUUCUGCACUCAAGCUAAUAAGUCGAUAUUUGAAUCCUUGAUGCGGUACAGGGUUGAGGUAGGGGGGACAGCUUCUAAAUCGAUCAUUAACUAAAUGGCUAAUAGACAUGUGCCAUUGUAGGUUUAAGAGAAUAUACUAUAGUGGAUAAGCUUUUAUAAAAUUGUAAUUUUUAUUAGCAUAUUAUCUUUAACAUUGGAAAUGUGAUGUAUCAUCAUACGAUAUAAAUGUGUGCGUGCGCAUAUGCGUGUGCGCUUGCGUGCGUGCGUGAGUGUGUAUUCAAGUUUAAAAUCAAAUUCAUAUUCGAAAAUUUUAAUUAUAUAAAUACAUAAAAUUUUACGUAUUCGCUAAGCACCUUUUAGGAGUGUGUUAUCGUGUAAGUUGUCGUAAACGGAAUAAAUUCACUUUUUACUUUGACAGUUCAGUCCUCUUCUUGAACACGCAAGUAACUAAAUAUUACUCAUUACAAGUGACCUAUAUAAAAAAUCGUACAACAGCACACGAUCAUAAAUUAACAAAGAAGAAACAUAACAGAAUAUUAUUGAUUAAUAUAUAACAAACUGAAUUUAAAUAUACAAAAACUUGAUAACAACAAAUAUUUAAGAUUUACCUAUUAAUAAUAAACUUAUAAUUUUGUAAUAUAAAUAACAACCGUGUAAUAAAUAUAACGAUAUAGCAAAAAUAUUUGACGAAAAGAUGACCCAUCGGUUUCAUACCCGUUCUACACACAGGUAUAAUUACAGCAAUUUUAAACAUAAGGAAAUACUCUCUGUUAAGAAACCUUUUGUAACUACAGUACAAUAAAGGUACAAAUAUAUCUAUAUUAUUCUUAGAGACUGUGUUAUUUAUACCAUCCAAUCCAGAACUAUUCUCAACUGUUAUUCUAUGAACUACUCUAAAAAUAUAUAUUUCAACUAUAUCAAAUUUAUCUAAUAAUAAUUGUGUGUGUGUGAGUGUGUGUGCGCGCGCGCCCGUGUGUUUUGUAAUUAUUGAUAAUAUAUUGUAAUUAGUUUGUAGAUUACUGUGGAUAUUGCACGCGUAGAUUGUAUAUAUUAUACAUUGCUGUAAAUCAUGCAAUAUAUGUCUUAUUACUUUAUCUAUAGUCUGAUUGUACUUUUAUAUGUUAAUGGCUAUAAACACUGACGCCAGAAGUGUAUUAGAUUUUAUUUUUAUAAAUUAAUAUGUAUUAAGAAUUUGUUAACAGUAAUGAUGGGUACUGAACGAUAAAUUAUUUGUAAAUUGUUGGGACCCUAAACUCUGUAUGUUUAUUGCAAAUAAAGUUCUUGAUUCUUGA